GGCGGAAUAAAAAAAAAUCACUUUGUGUGUGUCUUUCGAACUGACUAUAUAAGUGACAACAAUGGUCUUCAAUAAAAUAUUUCUAGGAGGACUUCUUCUUACUCUUCUUUGCAUUGUCGAAGGAAGAGCAAAAGAAGACAAAUUUUUGAAACAAACGCUAUCGAAGGUACGUGGCGGCUUGCCAGAAAAAGAAAUUGAACUUUUUAAAAAGGACCCGAAAAACAAGCCAACAUUGGACUUCACGCCAACAGGCAAGAAAGCGCAACCUGUCUCUGCAGAGUCAGCCGGCCGUUCCAAGUUCAAUUCAAAGCCGCCGUCAAGCUUCAUCAUCGGCGGGGUCAGGGCAUCCCUGAAGCAGUUCCCUUGGAACGUCUACCUGCGGAUCGACAAUACCUGGCUCUGCGGCGGCUCCCUCAUUGCUGACAACGCCGUCCUCACCGCUGCUCACUGUGUAGACGAUUACUCGACAUUUGAGGUGUCCGCCGGUGGCAUUGACCGCAGCUUGCCAGAGACAAACGAACAGUUCCGCAACACCACCGACGUUGUUGUCCAUCCUGAGUACAACAAAACCAAUUUAAUUAACAACAUAGCCAUCCUGUUGCUUGAAACUCCAUUUGUUCUAAAUGCCUAUGUAAACGUUGCCCGUUUGCCCCGACAGGUAGAUGCGAGCAGUACCUUUUCAGGCAUUUCAACCCUGAUCUCAGGGUAUGGUACCACAACCAACUAUGGAGAGACCAGCCGUUUCCUAAACUUCGUCCGCCUCACCACGAUCACCAACUCCAAAUGCGCGAGUUACUAUGGGUCACCUCCGAUCGUGUCCUCAACCAUCUGCACCGCCCCUGGAGCUAAAGCCACCUGCCGAGGUGACGGAGGCAAUGCGUUGGUGUACAAGGAGGCUGAUGGGCUGUACACGGUGAUCGGCGUGUCCUCCUUCACCUCGAACCCCUGCACCAGUUUGCCUUCUGGCUACACCAGGGUUGCUAGUUUCCUUGGCUUUAUCUCAGAUAACACCGACAUAGCUAUUCGUGCCUGAGUGAUUUUUGCAGUUUUGCUCAUAAAAGGGAAAAAUUAUUAUGAUCGCCCUUGAAAAAAUUAAAUAUGAAAGCAAUUUGCAUUUAAAAAAAAGAUUGAGUGUCACAUCGA